GCGCGCAUGCGUCCCCGCAGUCCACAGCCAUGGCCGCCCUGCGGAUCCUGCCCUUUCGGCUGCCGAGGGUUUCCCUGGCGUUUUCCCGCCGGCUCAGCAACAGCCCCCCUCGGCAAGCGCCCACGGUGCCCGAGCGCAUCGAGGAGAAGCGUCGGGCCGCGCUGCUCGGCGGCGGCCAGGCGCGCAUAGAUGCACAGCACCGGCGGGGAAAGCUGACAGCCAGGGAACGUGUUCUUCUUUUACUGGAUCCUGACAGUUUUGUAGAAUAUGACAUGUUUGUGGAACACAGAUGUGCAGAUUUUGGGAUGGAGGCUGAGAAAAACAAGUUCCCUGGAGACAGUGUGGUAACUGGCCAGGGUAGAAUUAAUGGCAGAUUGGCAUAUGUCUUCAGUCAGGACUUCACUGUGUUUGGAGGCAGUUUAUCUGGAGCACAUGCUCAAAAGAUCUGCAAGAUAAUGGAUCAGGCUGCUAUGGUUGGUGCUCCUGUUAUUGGGUUGAAUGAUUCUGGAGGGGCCCGGAUCCAGGAAGGAGUAGAGUCCCUGGCUGGUUAUGCUGAUAUAUUUUUGAGAAAUGUACUAUGUUCUGGGGUAAUACCACAGAUUUCUCUUAUUAUGGGCCCUUGCGCAGGAGGGGCUGUCUACUCUCCUGCUUUAACAGAUUUCACAUUCAUGGUAAAGGACACAUCCUAUCUAUUCAUAACAGGCCCUGAUGUAGUCAAAUCAGUCACCAAUGAAGAUGUUACUCAGGAGCAACUUGGAGGUGCAAAGACCCACACUGCAGUAUCAGGGGUUGCACACUGUGCCUUUGAGAAUGACAUAGAUGCUUUGCUCAAUCUCAGAGAGUUUUUUAAUUACCUACCGCUUAGCAAUAAGGAUCCAGCUCCUGUCAGAGAAUGCCAUGACCCUAUCAACCGGUUGGUUCCUGAGUUGGAUACCAUUGUCCCGAUGGAAUCUACUAAAGCUUAUGACAUGGUGGAUAUUGUGCAUUCGAUAGUUGAUGAGAGAGAAUUCUUUGAGAUCAUGCCCUCCUAUGCCAGAAAUAUCAUUGUUGGAUUUGCCAGAAUGAACGGAAGAACUGUUGGAAUAGUUGGCAACCAGCCCAAAGUAGCAUCAGGCUGUUUGGACAUAAACUCCUCCGUGAAGGGAGCCCGUUUUGUUCGCUUCUGUGAUGCUUUCAACAUUCCUCUGAUAACUUUUGUAGAUGUACCUGGAUUUUUACCAGGGACAUCUCAGGAAUAUGGUGGGAUUAUACGCCACGGAGCAAAACUGCUCUUCGCUUUUGCAGAAGCAACUGUGCCAAAAAUCACUAUUAUCACAAGGAAGGCUUAUGGUGGGGCCUAUGAUGUGAUGAGUUCAAAACAUUUAAGAGGAGAUGCUAAUUAUGCAUGGCCAACAGCAGAGGUAGCAGUGAUGGGUGCCAAGGGAGCUGUGCAGAUAAUUUUCAGGGGGAAGGGGGCACAUGCAGAAGCAGAGUAUGUGGAAAAGUUUGCAAAUCCUUUCCCUGCAGCAACCAAAGGGUUUGUUGAUGACAUCAUCCAACCUUCUUCAACUCGACUGCGAAUCUGCCGUGACUUGGAAGUCCUGGCUAGCAAAAGACAAUCCAACCCCUGGAAGAAGCAUGCCAAUAUUCCUCUCUGAAUUUGUUUUAAGGAAAAGGGAUGAUCUGUUGCCAGGAAAGCAGCGCAGCCCAACUCAAAUCCUGACUCUGAAUCGUCGGAAGUAUGUGGAAAUUUUUAUGGAUUAUAUUCUAGAAGGGUUGGGAUACUAUGAGAUUGUAGACAAGGAAUCAAUUGUACAUUUAAGCAAAAGGUACAACAUAUGGAAGUUGUCACGAUAUGCUGGAACUUGAUCUUUGACAGUCUAAAGACAGAACGGAUAAUCAUACAUAAAUGUAAAGCCAGCAUAUUGCAACAGAAGUCUAAGAGAAUAUGGAAUUAAACUAUUUGGUUUCCUUUAAACAAGAUUGUCUGUGGGGAGAUUAUUUGUGGAUUAGAUUCAGAGGAUAAUAAUGCAAAACAGGAUUUAACUCCUGCAAGGGGAGAUGGAAAUUACCUGCAUGGGAUUCAUCGCAAGAAAAUAUUACAGGAUUUCAAGAUUUUCUAAUGCAGAUGUUAUUCAGUAUAAAUUUCUUAUCUGUCAGAUUUUGGUCUCAUCAGCUACCUAACAAGACUAUUCUCCUACCGCAAGAGAUUGUUUUAGGCCUCCGAGAGGCUUGUGAGAGACGAUUCUCCUUUGUGCCUAUGCAUAGUACUGCUAAUUGAGGAGCCCUUAUGCCAGGUAGAACCAAGCAGGCCAAAAGAGGUUCAUUCAUUCUGGCCUGAUAUACCUUACAUACAUAAUUUAGCCACUUUUAAGGUAAUCUCUGGUUCUCUGCCCUCUAUUAAGUAUUUUAAGUAAUAAUCAUCAGUUCUGCUUGGGGUUUACUGCAUGCUUGGCGUGAUAAAUAUAAUGUGUAUAGCUUUGUAGUAAUGACAAUGUAGCAGGGCAUGCGUAGCAGUUUCAACUUCCUUCAAACCCCACAGGCAUGUUCACUGUGAAUAUGGUUUGCCUUCAAAUCUGCCCUGCAGUAAUGCUGAUGGAAAGAUUAAAUCUGGCAAGGGUAAGAGCUCUUCUAAAUUUGGGUAUUUCUGUUUUGGAGAAAUACCUUGCUGGAGUAAACCCCCUGCCAUUAUCUUUAAUUUCUAGAUACUUUGUCAUUUCACUCAUGUGGCAUUGCAGCUCAACAUCCCAUAUUCGUUGCUUACUUGUGGAUGUGGCUCUCUCAUAUCUACAGGUUAUCAGAGCCUGCAGUGUGAACCCUAGACUUGUCAGUUUCUUUUGCAGUGAGGAUUUCCAUUUUGUUUGACAAUGUUUGACAAUUAAAAUCAAGGGUGCCAGGCUUACCGGGAAGAAAAUUAGUUUUAGCCAGUAAUGGAGCUUCAGAAUCCAUAUCCAGGACCGAACUGGGAUUUGUCCAAGGGGAAAAGAUAGAAGACUGGGCUAACAAAUAUUCAAAGCCUUUGACAGAAAAGUCGUAAUAGCAAUAGUUCUAACCCAUAAUGGACAGACUAGAAGUCCUCCUGUCUUACAUGCAUAGGUUCAGGUGAAGUAGAUAUUUAGUGCACACAAUACAAAAACCAUGAAAAGGUAAUUUGGAAAAAAAUUGGUCACUGUUUAUUAUAUUGGAGUAAUCUGUUCCAAGAUUCUUCUGUAAUUGUUAGUAAAACUACAAUAAAUUUCCAAUACAAACAAUUUA